CCCCGGCCGCCCCGCGAUGACCGCGACCGCAGCCCUCCUGCCCGCCCUCUUGCUCCUGCUGGCCUUCGGCCGCAGUGCCCAUGGAGCUGAAUGCUUCCCGGCCUGCCACCCCCAAAAUGGAUUCUGCGAGGAUGACAAUGUGUGCAGGUGUCAGCCUGGCUGGCAGGGUCCCCUGUGUGACCAGUGCGUGACCUUUCCCGGCUGUGUUAAUGGACUCUGUGUGGAGCCCUGGCAGUGCAUUUGCAAGGACGGCUGGGACGGACAUCUCUGCGACCUAGACGUUCGGGCUUGCGCCUCGACCCCCUGCGCCAACAACGGAACCUGCGUGAACCUCGAUAACGGGGAGUACGAGUGCUCCUGUGCCCCCGGAUUCUCAGGGAAGGACUGUCAGAAAAAGGCCGGGCCCUGCGUGAUGAAUGGUUCGCCCUGCCAGCACGGAGGCAGCUGCGUGGACGACGAGGGCUGGGCCUCCCAUACCUCCUGCCUGUGCCCCCCUGGCUCCUCCGGCAACUUCUGCGAGAUCGUGACCAACAGCUGCGCGCCCAACCCGUGCGAGAACCAGGGCAUCUGCACCGACAUCGGGGGCGACUUCCGCUGCCGCUGCCCCGCCGGCUUCAUGGACAAGACCUGCAGCCGCCCGGUGUCCACGUGCGCCAACGAGCCGUGCCUCAACGGGGGCACCUGCCUGCAGCACUCCCAGGUGAGGUUCGGGUGUCUGUGCAAGCCCGAGUUCACGGGCCCCAUCUGCGGCCGGAAGCGCGCGGCGGGCCCCCAGCAGGUCACCCGUCUGCCCAGCGGUUACGGGCUGACCUACCGCCUGACCCCCGGGGUGCACGAGCUGCCGGUGCGGCAGCCCGAGCACCGCAUCCUGAAGGUGUCCAUGAAGGAGCUCAACAAGAGCACUCCGCUCCUCUCCGAGGGUCAGGCCAUCUGCUUCACCAUCCUGGGCGUGCUCACCAGCCUGGUGGUCCUGGGCACCAUGGGCGUCGUGUUCCUCAACAAGUGCGAGGCCUGGGUGUCCAACCUGCGCUACAACCACAUGCUGCGCAAGAAGAAGAACCUGCUGCUUCGUUACAACAGCGGGGAGGACCUGGCCGUCAACAUCAUCUUCCCCGAGAAGAUCGACAUGACCGCCUUCAGCAAGGAGGCUGGCGGCGAGGAGAUCUAAGCAGCAUCCCCGCCGGCCCCUCUCUGUUCUCGGGGCCCCGCAGAGCUCACUAUAUGCGGUCUGUGCUCAUCUUCGUGGUGGAGC